AUGGACGCACAAACCUUCAGAGAGUUCGGCAAAGCUGCUGUGGACUUUAUAGCAGAUUAUAUGGAAAAUAUACGCGACUGCGAUGUUUUGCCUUCAGUCGCGCCAGGCUAUUUGUUCGAUCUGCUACCCGAAGAGCUGCCAGAAAAACCUGAGCAAUGGAAAGAAGUUUUGCAAGAUAUAAAUAAAUUCAUCAAGCCCGGCUUGACACAUUGGCAGUCACCGAAUUUUCAUGCAUUCUACCCAACCGGCUGCUCCUAUCCAUCCAUUGUGGGCGAGAUGCUGGCUACUGGCUUCAGUGUGAUCGGCUUCAAUUGGCUCUGUAGUCCUGCCUGUACCGAGCUGGAGGUGAUUGUCAUGGACUGGCUGGCGAAAUUUCUCAAACUACCUGCACAUUUUCUACAUUCUACCAAAGGUCCAGGUGGAGGCAUCAUACAAGGCUCCGCCAGUGAGGCUGUACUCGUCGCAGUUAUGGCGGCACGCGAGCAGGCUGUGCGACGUGUGAAAGUGGUGCAACCCGAGCUGAGUGAAGGUGAAAUACGCGCACGACUCAUCGGCUAUUCAAGCGACCAGAGCAACAGUUGUAUUGAAAAAGCCGGUGUGUUGGCCACACUACCCAUACGUCUACUGCCCGCCGAUGAGAAUCAGGUGCUGGGCGGUGCGCAGUUGGCAAAAGCCGUGCAGGAAGACUUGGCCAAAGGACUCAUACCCACCAUCUGCAUAGCGACCAUGGGCGCGACGGGCACUUGUGCCUACGAUGACAUCGAAACGCUGGCGCCAAUUUGUGAGGCAAACAAGAUCUGGUUACAUGUGGAUGCCGCUUACGCCGGCGCUGCUUUGGCGUUGGAUGAGUACGCACACUUAGGGCGGGGACUUGACCGCGCCGAUUCACUAAAUUACAAUCUACACAAGUCGCUGUUAAUAAAUUUCGAUUGCACAGCGAUGUGGUUACGCGACUCCCAUGAGGUUGUGGAGAGUUUCAAUGUGAAUCGCAUCUAUUUGCAAAAUAAAUACGAUGGACAGACAGAUAUACCGGAAUUUCGCAACUGGCAAAUACCAUUGGGACGUCGUUUUCGUGCACUCAAAGUGUGGGUGACAUUCCGAAUUUACGGUGCUGAAGGUUUGCGUGCACACGUGCGCAAGCAAAUACGCUUAGCCGAACGUUUCGAGCAGCAUAUGUUGGGCGACCAACGUCUGGAGUUGGUGGCUAAACGCGCAAUGGGCUUGGUUUGCUUCAGAGUGAAGGGAGAUAACAAGCUGACCACCGAUCUGUUGCAGCGUAUAACGGAACGCAAAAAGAUUUAUAUGGUGCAGGCGGCCUUCGGGGGUAGGAAUUUCAUACGUUUUGUUGUGUGUGGCAUGGAUCCGAAGGAGGCGGAUGUGGACUUUGCAUGGGAUGAAAUUGAGACGCAACUGAAUAAAUUGCUGAGUGAGCAGGAAAGUGGAAAUGUGGAUACGAUUAAAAUUCAGGCGAGGGAUGUGGAGGAGUGUGAAAUAGAGAAAAGCGGUGAUGUGAAAUUGAAAACGGAAGAGAUGCAUCGAAAAGACGAUGAAGGCGCUAUUAGUCAGCAACUGAGCUCAGGUCUACACAUCACCAAAGCGGCGUGUGAAAAAUCCAAGUGA